AUGGCUCUCUUUCAACAAAGCAGCUCCGGUUCGACCAAGAAUUUGGUCGAAUUCAAGUGCGGUAAAAUGACCAUGUCGGGGACUACUGUUACCGCUGACCCGCGCAAAGGACUUCUGUACAUUCAGAAGGGAGAAGACCAGGCGAUGCAUCUUUACUGGAAGGAUCGAACUUCUGGAAAGGUAGAAGAUGAUGUCUACCUCUUCCCCGACGAUGCGGAGUUUGUUCCUGUUCCUCAGUGCAAGGAUGGAAGAGUCUACCUCCUCAAGUUCAAGUCCCACAGCAACAAGCGCUUCUUCUGGAUGCAGGAGCCGGACAAAAACAAGGAUAAAGACAAGGACUUGAUCGAACAAGCGAAUGAAGCAAUCAACAAUCCUCAAGCGGCGGAUGCCGGUCUCAUGGGCUCUGGUCAUGAGGAGUUGCUUCGAUUGAUCAGCAGCAGCGGGGGCAUUCCCAACGCGCAGUUGCAGAAUUUGAUUCAGUCCCAGAUGCGAUCAGGAUCUUCUCGAAGCUCCCGCUCUGGCAACGCUUCUAAAAAGGCAAAGACAGAUGACAAAGGGUCCAAAACGUCCUCUUCACUUCCCACCCCUAACUUCUCCACUGUCCCGGCGACUGGUUCUAGCGCUGGAGCCUCUUCUGCCGCUACUCCUACUCCCGGAGCUACUCCUGGAGGAGCAUCAACUCCGGGCGCAGCGCAGCUUUCAGACUUGCAGAGUAUCCUUACUCGUCUUGGCGGGGCUGCUUCUCCCAGCGCCGCCGCUCCAAUUGACAUCGCUGAAGCGAUGCGAUCUGAAGACCUCAUCCCCAUGCUCGCCGAUGAAAAGAUCAGAGAGGCUUUGAUGAAGCACCUUCCAGAGGGCAACACGAUUCCAAAGACGGAAGCAGAGCUCAAGGAGACAAUUCACUCACCUCAAUUCAAGCAGGCAACUCAAGCGUUCUCUCACGCCUUGUCUACCGGACAGCUGGGACCCGUGCUAAAGCAGUUUGGAAUAAGCGACGCAGCUUGCGAAGCUGCCACUAAGGGAGACGUAGCCGGUUUUGCCAAGGCGAUGCAAGAGGAUGCCAAAAAGAACGCAGAUAAACCUGCCGCCGAAGACAGCAUGGAAACCAACUGA